GACAUUCUAAGAGUUUCAUCAUCCAAUUCAACGUGCUCGCCAUCAUCGGUGGUAAAAAAACGAGAAAAUCUCCCAAAAAUCCUCAUUUUAAAUCGGAAAAAAGUGCGUGAAACAUUAAUUAGCAGCAAGAAUGGCCUCAAGUUACCGUAAUUUGUUCAAAUUAGCGGCUCAAUCGCGAAAAAGUCUGUUAUGUAAACGCGAGUUUUCCACACUAUGGGAAAAGCCGACGACAUCGAAUCUCUUGUCCUUGCAAAAUCGCCGGGUUGGUUUGCGUUACUCGUCGGAGCAAGUAAAGGGCGCCGUAAUUGGUAUCGAUUUGGGCACAACCAACUCGUGUGUUGCCAUCAUGGAGGGCAAGCAAGCAAAGGUCAUCGAAAAUUCCGAAGGUUCUCGUACGACACCGUCACAUGUCGCCUUCACGAAGGACAAUGAGCGUCUUGUGGGCAUGCCAGCGAAGCGUCAAGCAGUAACGAACAGCGCAAAUACCUUUUAUGCGACAAAACGUUUGAUCGGGCGACGAUUCGAUGAUCCCGAAAUCAAGAAGGACUUGAAAAAUUUGUCGUAUAAAGUUGUCAAGGCCUCGAAUGGAGAUGCUUGGGUACAAGCAACGGACGGAAAAGUCUAUUCGCCAUCGCAGAUCGGAGCUUUCGUGUUGACAAAGAUGAAGGAAACGGCGGAAGCGUAUUUGGGACAACCCAUAAAGAACGCUGUGGUAACUGUGCCUGCUUAUUUCAACGACAGUCAACGUCAAGCGACGAAAGAUGCCGGACAAAUUGCUGGUUUGAACGUUUUGCGAGUCAUUAACGAGCCCACAGCAGCUGCUUUGGCUUACGGCAUGGACAAAACUGACGACAAAAUUAUCGCUGUGUACGAUUUGGGCGGCGGUACCUUCGACGUGUCGAUUUUGGAGAUCCAAAAAGGCGUUUUCGAGGUAAAAUCCACGAACGGAGACACUUUACUUGGCGGCGAAGACUUCGACAAUCACAUUGUCAACUUCCUCGUCGACGAAUUCAAGAAGGAUCAAGGUAUCGACAUUCGCAAAGAUGCCAUGGCCAUGCAACGUUUGAAGGAAGCUGCGGAAAAAGCAAAAAUCGAAUUAUCUUCUUCCGCCCAAACUGACAUCAAUUUGCCGUAUUUGACGAUGGAUGCCUCGGGACCCAAACACAUGAACUUGAAAAUGACGCGUGCCAAGUUGGAAUCAUUGGUUGGCGAUUUGAUCAAACGCACCAUUGCGCCCUGCCAAAAAGCCCUUGCCGACGCUGAAGUUAGCAAAAGUGACGUUGGCGAAGUUUUGUUGGUUGGCGGUAUGACGCGUAUGCCAAAAGUUCAGUCGGUUGUGCAGGAAAUUUUCGGAAGAGCUCCCUCGAAGGCUGUCAAUCCCGAUGAAGCUGUUGCUGUUGGCGCUGCAGUUCAAGGCGGAGUUUUGGCUGGAGAUGUUACGGAUGUGCUUUUGCUCGAUGUUACGCCACUGUCGUUGGGUAUUGAAACGCUCGGAGGAGUUUUCACGAGAUUAAUUACGCGAAACACGACAAUUCCCACGAAGAAAUCGCAAGUUUUCUCAACAGCUGCUGACGGACAAACGCAAGUCGAGAUCAAGGUACAUCAAGGAGAACGUGAAAUGGCUGCCGAUAACAAGAUGUUGGGAUCGUUCACACUCGUUGGCAUUCCUCCAGCGCCCCGUGGAGUCCCACAAAUUGAAGUUACAUUCGAUAUUGAUGCAAACGGCAUUGUCCACGUAUCUGCUCGCGACAAGGGAACUGGCAAGGAACAACAAAUUGUCAUCCAAUCAUCGGGCGGCUUGAGCAAAGACGAAAUCGAGAACAUGAUCAAGAGAGCCGAACAAUUCGCUGCUGAGGACAAAAUCAAGAAGGAACGCAUCGAAGUUGUCAAUACGGCAGAAAGCGUUGUUCACGACACCGAAACCAAAAUGGAAGAAUACAAGGAUCAAUUGCCGAAGGAAGAAUGCGACAAAAUGCGCGAAGAAAUUACCAAAGUUCGCGAAUUGUUGGCCAACAAGGACUCCGCCGACCCUGAGGAAAUCCGCAAGACUGUCUCAAGCCUCCAACAAUCCUCGUUGAAACUCUUCGAAAUGGCAUACAAGAAAAUGGCAUCGGAACGCGAAUCAUCAUCCGGAAGCGGCAGCAGCAGUAACGAACAAACCACACAAAGCGACGACACACAAGGCGAAAAGAAGGAAAACAAAAGUUAAAUAAUUCGAACGAGCAACACUUUUUUUUUUUAAUUUUUUGUAAAAUUUUUCCUUUUCCCACUUCAUAGAUGAAUAUUUUGUGUGCAUAGAAGUAGAUUAGGAAGUCCCGAUUAAUUUUAAGCAUUUUCCCCAAAAAAAAAACUUAAAUAAACAAACGACAGGAUAUCGUGCAAAUUGGACUGAAAAAAAAUUCGUUAAAUUUAGUCAUGUGUUGAAUUUUUUUAUGUCCCUCGAACGAGAACUUUACAAAAAUAGACUUUAAGUUAUCACGCAUUAAAAUUUACUGAUAGGGAACUUUAAUGUAAAAGCGCGAAAUUAUUAUCAAGAGUUACUAAGCUGUACCAGUUAUUAAAAAAAAAUUAUAGAAAAGUAGAAUGAUUGAGAAUGAAGCAAACCAAGAUGCAAGAUUAAAAAUUAUUGAUAAUAAAAAAUUGAUU